UUAACACCUUAAACGCAGAUCACAAAUGCAGUGCAUUUGCAGGCAAAAGAUUGCAUGGUACAGCAGUUUUUUUAUCUUGUGCCUUCUGGUGCAAUUUGCAGCCAAAUUCCACUACAAGGGAAUGUACAGGAAUUUCACAGGAACACGGAUCAUGGUUCCUUUGUAAUUCUAGUGUGAACCAGGGCGGACUGACCAUUUGGAAACUUGGGCACUGCCUGAGGGCCCGGGAUGCCCCUGGUACCUUUUUCAUAGGCUUUUUUUGAGUUUGGGCAAGGACACAGGGGCCCCAUGAUCCCCUAAUGCCCGGGGG